AGCCCUCCCCAGAAACCCGAGCCGAGGCUGGUCGCGCUCAGUCGGGGCUGCUGAAUGGGUGUGCGGCUCCCGGCCCCUGCCCUCUGGCGUCCGGCCCCCGCUCUCGCUCCUGCUCCAGCUCCUGCUCCCGCCCCGCCCGGGCCUCCGCCGGCCGCCGCCAUCGGCCACCCCGGCUGUGAAUGAAAGGCCGGCGCCGCCAGGGGCUGGCUGCAGGCGACGCGGCCUCCCGGGAGGCACUCGCCCCGCCAAGAUGUACGGUGUAUGUGGCUGCUGCGGUGCCCUGCGCCCCAGGUACAAAAGGCUGGUGGACAACAUCUUCCCUGAGGAUCCCGAGGAUGGCCUGGUGAAGACCAACAUGGAGAAGCUGACCUUCUACGCCCUGUCAGCUCCAGAAAAGCUCGAUCGCAUUGGCGCCUACCUCUCUGAGAGGCUCAUCCGUGAUGUGGGUCGUCAUCGAUAUGGGUACGUGUGCAUCGCUAUGGAGGCGCUGGACCAGCUGCUCAUGGCCUGUCACUGCCAGAGCAUCAACCUCUUCGUGGAGAGUUUCCUCAAGAUGGUGGCCAAGCUGCUUGAGUCUGAGAAGCCCAACCUGCAGAUCCUUGGCACCAACUCGUUUGUGAAGUUUGCCAACAUAGAGGAGGACACCCCAUCCUACCAUCGGAGCUACGAUUUCUUCGUGUCUCGCUUCAGUGAAAUGUGCCACUCUGGCCAUGAAGACUUGGAGAUCAAGACUAAAAUCCGAAUGUCAGGUAUCAAAGGUCUACAAGGGGUGGUGAGGAAGACCGUGAAUGAUGAACUGCAGGCUAAUAUCUGGGACCCACAGCACAUGGACAAGAUCGUCCCAUCCCUGCUUUUCAAUCUGCAACACGUGGAGGAGGCAGAGAGUGAGUCCAAAGCUGCUUCCCUAGGAGCCUUGGCUCUGGCCUUCUACCAGCCUGCUGUACCCCUUAAGGUCUGCAUUCCUGAAGGAGAAACAGUAAUGGUGCUGGGCUCCCUGGGCCGGUCCCCCUCCCCCCUCCAAGCACCAGAGAAGGAGAAGGAGAACCCUGCAGAGCUGGCUGAGAGGUGCCUUCGGGAACUGCUGGGCCGGGCUGCCUUUGGCAACAUCAAAAACGCCAUCAAGCCUGUUCUCGUCCACCUGGAUAACCAUUCUCUUUGGGAACCCAAGGUGUUCGCCAUCCGUUGCUUUAAAAUCAUCAUGUACUCAAUUCAGCCGCAGCACUCCCACCUGGUUAUCCAGCAGCUCCUGAGCCACCUGGAUGCCAACAGCCGCAGCGCGGCCACGGUGCGGGCGGGCAUCGUGGAGGUCCUGUCGGAAGCUGCUGUCAUCGCCGCCACGGGCUCUGUGGGGCCCACGGUGCUGGAGAUGUUCAACACUCUGCUGAGGCAGCUGCGGCUCAGCAUCGACUACGCUUUGACCGGGAGCUACGAUGGGGCCAUCAGUCUUGGCACCAAGAUCAUCAAGGAGCACGAAGAGCGCAUGUUCCAGGAGGCGGUCAUCAAGACCAUAGGCUCCUUUGCCAGCACAUUGCCUACUUACCAGCGCUCCGAGGUGAUCCUCUUCACCAUGAGCAAGGUUCCACUGCCUUCCCUGCAUCACCCCGUGGAGAUGGGGAGGACCGGGGAGAACAGGAACCGGCUGACCCAGAUUAUGCUGCUGAAAUCCCUCCUUCAGGUAUCCACCGGCUUCCAGUGCAACAACAUGAUGUCAGCUCUGCCCAGCAACUUCCUUGACCGCCUUCUCUCCACCGCCCUCAUGGAGGACGCAGAGAUCCGUCUCUUCGUUCUAGAGAUUCUCAUCAGUUUCAUUGAUCGUCAUGGCAACCGUCACAAGUUCUCCACCAUCAGUACCCUCAGCGACAUCUCUGUCCUGAAGCUGAAAGUGGACAAGUGCUCCCGGCAGGACACCAUCUUCAUGAAGAAGCACUCCCAGCAGCUCUACAGACACAUCUACCUGAGCUGUAAGGAGGAAACGAACAUACAGAAGCACUACGAGGCGCUCUACGGCCUGCUGGCACUCAUCAGCAUUGAGCUGGCCAACGAGGAGGUGGUGGUAGACCUCAUCCGCCUGGUGCUGGCUGUCCAGGACGUGGCCCAGGUCAAUGAAGAGAACUUGCCUGUUUACAACCGCUGUGCCCUCUACGCGCUGGGUGCCGCCUACCUGAACCUCAUCAGCCAACUCACAACAGUGCCUGCCUUCUGCCAGCACAUCCGUGAGGUGAUAGAGAGCAGGAAGAAAGAGGCUCCGUACAUGCUCCCUGAGGACGUGUUUGUGGAGAGGCCCAGGCUGUCUCAGAACAUCGAUGGAGUGGUGAUUGAGCUUCUCUUCCGCCAGAGCAACAUCAGUGAGGUCCUGGGGGGCAGUGGUUACAAUGCAGACAGGCUCUGCCUGCCCUACAUCCCUCAGCUGACAGAUGAGGAUCGCUUAUCCAAGAGGAAGAGCAUUGGAGAAACCAUUUCCCUGCAGGUGGAGGUAGAAUCGAGGAACAGCCCAGAGAAGGAGGAGCGCGUGCCUGCCGAAGAAAUCACCUAUGAGACGCUGAAGAAGGCCAUUGUGGACAGCGUGGCCGUCGAGGAGCAGGAACGUGAACGGCGGCGACAGGUGGUGGAGAAGUUCCAGAAGGCGCCCUUUGAGGAGAUUGCAGCGCAUUGUGGGGCCCGGGCAUCACUGCUGCAGAGCAAACUCAAUCAGAUCUUUGAAAUCACCAUCCGGCCCCCACCAAGCCCAUCAGGAACCAUCACUGCAGCCUAUGGCCAGCCUCAGAGCCACUCCAUCCCCGUCUACGAGAUGAAGUUUCCCGAUCUGUGCGUAUACUGAAUUCCAAGACCCAGCUUCUCGGAGGGGUGGAGCCUGAGGGAGGGGCUCGCCUUCACGCCCACCCCGACGCCAUGGAGAUCUAACUGGGAUCUCAGAGAAAAAGCACCUUGGACAGCUAAGCAAGGUGGAGCCCUGGGCCCCCUUGCCCCCCUCUCGGCCUCCCUGCUUCCUCUUUGUCUUCCCUGAGGGAGAUCUGGCCACGCUGGGGCCAAUAAGCAUCCUACCUGUGCCCUUUGUCUCUUCCUCUGUGUCAUCCUGGGGUCAAGAGUCAUUGGGGGUCUCCAGAGAGAGGCUGAGGUCCCAGGAAACUCCUGAUUAGUGUAGUAAGUGAAGGGCUUUCACGGGGGUGGGUGUGCAGCUGCCAUUCCCCCAGGAGGGAACUAGAGAGAGACACAGUUGGUCAAAGGAAGCCGUAGACUGCAAUCAGGAGGAGGCAAGGCCAGCUCCUCCCGUAAAGCAGUGGCCUGUGAGAGCUGGAAGAUGGGGCGCUGAUCUCCUCCAGAGUGUCCCCUCCUCCUUCCCCAGUUGAGGGUCCAAAGGCCUUCAAGUCUCUGGUGUCUUUUCCAUUCCCCUGCUCACCCUGCCAGUUGCCUCUUCGUGAAUUGUUUCUAUUGUUAAUUAAUACUGAGCUUGUAUAACGGAAGCUGGGGUAGAGACACCGUGGGGGGCAGCAGGCCGCUGACAGAGGGAGCCUGAGUCCCCAGGCUGGCCGGCUGGGCCAGGGAGCAGAAGCACGGGCCGGCCUCCUGUCCAGGAGCAGCAGGCAAAAGUGGGCAAGUCUGCGUCCCUCUGUAGUAUCUCCUCUCCUUUGUCCAGAGGGAUGUAUUUCUGACUUGAGUUCUCCCUCUUUGAUGCUUUUCUUCCUGCGGCUCCCCGUGUGAGCUGCCUCUGGCAGAACCUCACCUGGGUCUCUUCCUGAGGCAGCUCCCUCUGGCCAAGAAGAGCCCUUUCCUUCUUCUUUUCCAGUCUAACUUCCCAUAACUUUUCUGAGCUGAUAUGACUCACAGGAAGGUGAGAAUAGUCACAUGAUUCCUUCCUGGAGAAUUUGCUCGUGAAAAGAGGGAGGGUGAGUAGAUUUCUUGACCCAAAGGAACCCCUUUUGAGGGUACAAUUUUCGGCAGCGUGGGGUGGGGUCAGAAGCGGGCUGAUUCUGCUAAGGGGAGGGCAGUCUUCUCGGGACACCCUCGGGUCACACCUCUGUGCGUGGCCCUGCACAGAUGCACUGUGAGAGCCUGAUUAUCAGGGCUGAUAGGUGUAUUUGUCCAAAUUAGGAGAAUCUUAACACAUGGAACUUUCCUAUUGCGUGUGCAAUAAUCUCGUUGGGUAUGGGGGCUGCCUGACCCUCGUUCCUAUAGUUUCCCCCCUUGGUUGCUGCCUCUGUGCUGUGGGCCUGUGGCUUCCAGAGGGUCUACAUGACUACAGGGCCGAGGGGGCCCGGCUCCCGCCCCUCCACCACAGCCUUUGGCUCUGCUCUGUGGCUGUUGGCUAAUACUCAACCCAACUUUACAGGCAUGAACCGAGAUUUCUCUUUACUUUAAUAUCUCUUUAUUAAGAAACCAAAUUUAAAAUCACUAGAAACAGGGCUUCCCUGGUGGCGCAGCGGUUGAGAGUCCGCCUACCAAUGCAGGGGACACGGGUUCGUGCCCCGGUCCGGGAAGAUCCCACAUGCCGAGGAGCGGCUGGGCCCGUGAGCCACGGCCACUGAGCCUGCGCGUCCGGAGCCUGUGCUCCGCAACGGGAGAGGCCACAACAGUGAGAGGCCCACGUACCGGAAAAAAUAAAUAAAUAAAAUAAAAUAAAAUAAAAUAACUGGAAACAAACUUGAAGACAAAUGACCUUUGGAAGAAGCUUCAGAGAAAAUCUAAAUCUUGAGCCACAAACAUGUCUUUUCCUCACUGGAUCUUCCCAUCUUUCUUCCCUGCUCAGCUUUGACGCGAAGCCCUGUUUCUCUCUAGUGCUUCUCUGACUGUAGGGUCCACACCCAUGGCAACUGCACCCCGAGCACUGCCCUGGGGCCCUGGUUCUGGGACUUGGCAGUCAUUCCCUGGAGCCUCUUUCUAGAACCAGCACUAGAACCAGAGACCUACCUGUCCAUCAGCUGUCUCUCCCUCAUCCCCACCCUGGGAACAGAUCGAAGAAACAAGGUGCAGGAUUCCCAUUCUUCAUAUACUUCACUGCUGUUUCCUCUGUCUGAAGCAGCUUUUUCUUUGUGUCACCGCUACAUAGCAAAGAUGUGCUUCCUUUGGAGACAUGGCCACAUUUUGAGUGCCCUCCUUCUCGGUUCCAAUUUAAAUUUACACUCAGUAGAAUAUUAACUUGCCUGCUGACAUGGAGUAGAAUACGGAUUCUGGCCAAAGAUGCCUCAGAAUCAGAAAGUUCAUGAUGAACAUUAACUGGAACAAUUACCUGGUAGAUUAAGCAGCCUCCUUCACCCCACCCCUGCCCUCCCAAGCCCUGGGAGAGAAGGCAAGCAGAGUUUGGUGGGUACCCCAGCCUUCAGCCUAGCACCACUCUUCCUGCCUUCCAAGCCUGCUGGCGUCUGGCGGCACCGUGUCAAGCAACCAGCCCUUUUUGCUAUCCACCCCUCUGUUGUGAAUUUCAGUCAGCAAGGCCACCCAAGCCAGUCGCUCCCCAAAACUGCUGAAGACUCUUCCUCGUGGGCAAGGGGUAGGGUCGGUUAGCACUCUGCUGACAGAACCCAGUAGCAUGGAUAUAUUUGGAAUUUCAGUGAACUUGGUUGAGUCACAUAAAUGCAUAAGAAGCAGAUGAGAGGAGAGCCCCACUGUGACCCUGGAGGCUCCUUCCGGUUUUCCUUGCAAAGUGGUCCCCCAUGGCCUGCGCCUGUUCCCAUUUUCCUCUUUUUGAAAAGUAGAAAUAAGUGAUUUCUUGACUGCUAAACAUCUCCUCCCCAGAGAAGUAGCCUGAGUGGGUCAGAAGAAGGAGAGAAGUCCUCAGACAUUCUCCUCUGUCCAGCCCUCUGCCUCAAGCAUGAGAAUAGAUGGAUGAGCAGUGAGAAGGUGGGGCUGGGACCAUCUGAAGUGCUUGAAAUGCAGGGGUCCCAGAUGCACUGUCCUUUGCCCUGGGUGUUCUCAGUCCCAGAGGAUGUGUUUCAACUGGCCUAAGAAUCAGAACAGCCUUGCAGUUGUUUAGACUCCUCAAAGGCCAGACCUCCUGGCUUCACUAGGGGCCCUUGGGUCAUGACACCUUCCAGUUGCUAUUCCAUUGUCCCUGGGGCUUCUCACCUGGGUACAGAGGGUCUCACUGAGAAGUGAGGCUAUCUCUCCCAGUUCCUCUUUAUGACCAUGAAAUGGCAGCUGGCCAGCUGGGGCCUGUGGGAAAAGACUAGGCCUGAGCUGUUAGGCUGAAUAUUAAGUUUGAUGGUAGACAGGGAAGUGGGCACCUCUGAGCAGGCCACGCCCACUUCUCCAGACCCAAAGACCCUGGCAGGCAGUUGUGCUGAAACAAGGCAGCUCCCUUAUGUCUGGGGAGAAGGCUUAGGGCAGUGUAUUACCUCUUCAUCUUGCUAAGCCUAGAAAUCUUCUAGUUAAAAUACCCCGUAUCCCAAAUCCGGCCUAGGACUGAAGCCUGCCGAAGGAUGGUCUUGGUGGGGCCUGCCAGCUGGGGAAGUGGGGAGGGGACACAGGCCUGUGGGAGGGGGCUCUGUGGCCUGUUUUCUGUGCUCUCCUUUAGCACCAACCAGGUUGACCAGGUCUUUUCUCCUUCAGGAGCCCUUGGGACCCCAGCCCAUCACUUUCCCCUUUUGAGCUCUUCCUCCAUGGCUGUUGAUUCUGGCCUGUGGAGAGCAGAGCUGUAAAUCCACAAUGCUGCAGCAUUACACAUACAUUGUGACAUGUCUGUGUCCAUUUAGACGUUCAUGACCUGGCUGAGUGUGUGUGUGCCCGUGCGCGUGCAAAUGUGUAUAGUGUAGUUCAUAGUUGACAGUGUAUGUAUAUAAUAGCUGACGUAUUUAUAUGUGAGUGCAGAAUUAGUGCCUGUGGCGGUUUUCUGUAUUUUGAACUCAUUGAAUCAAAUUAGUUUAAGGAAUAGGAAGGAGGAUGGGGGGGCGGGGGUGGAAUGUAGGAAGAAGGACUCUUAGCAAGAUUAUUCUUUAGGACUAUUAGUCGUGAUUUCCCAAUGAGCCUUCAUGAUGCCCUUUUCAAAUAAAUGUUAAUGUUGUCACCA